AUGUCUAAUGCAGAUACCAGCUCUCUUCUAGCGGAAAAACUUCCUUCUCGAGGCACCUCACAGAUCAGGCAGAAUGACAUCCUCCAACAGACAUCGAGCUAUCCUAUAGAGACAAAAACUGAACUCAAAGAGGGACUAGAUAAAAUCAACCACUCGCCACUCCUUUCACGACAUUUUCGCGACAGGGAUAAUGCCAGGACAUUAGCGGAAGAAAUGGCUGGCACCGAACUACCCCAACGAGCAUAUCGCGUCCUUGUGGUUGCGAAUAAACUCGGCUGUUAUUUCAAACCAAAUCACUACGAAUCUGUCGUCCAUCGACUAGCGUCCUCGAAACAGUGGGCUUUUAUCCCACUGCUGGUCUCGCUAGGGAAAAAGCAGUGUGGGCGGACUUCUGCUCGACUAAUGGAUUGGAGAACGCGCGCCUUCGUGGAAAGCUUUCAGUAUGCUCAGCUAGAGAACAUCCUAAAGGAUUACGAGAACGAAAAUAUAAAGCCAACUAGCAGAACAUACCAUCUGCUGAUUUCCGGUCAUCUUCGCAAUCAUAACCUGGUCCUAGCAAAGCAAUGCAUGCAAAGCAUGAUUGAGGCGGGACAUCAUGUUGACGCAUCGACGCAUUCAGUCAUUGUUUCUGUAUAUCGCUCAUUAGGGCCAAAUAUCGACGUGCAAACUCAGGCUCUCGACGUACUACAUGAGCUAGACAGACAAGCAGCUACCAUCGUCCUCAACAGUGUCAUACAGCAACGGCUGGAUGUUCAGGAUCUGGAUGGCGCUAUUCGUUACGUUAAACGGUUUUAUCAGCUUAGCCCAUUGUCUGCAGAUACUCAGACUCAAAGUCCUGUUGUCGCUGGAGAAAAUCCCUCCGUUCAAAUCCCACCACCCACCCCACCUCAUUCGACAUCUUCAUCACCCUCAUGCUACCCGGACGCUACUACCUUCUCUAUUUUCAUCAAGCACAUGGCUCAAAGACACGACUUGGCAGGUGCUCUGCAAAUGCUAGAGCACAUGGUCUCGGCACAUAUUAAACCAGACCCUGGAACUGUGGCUACCCUUGUGCAGGUCUAUUGUGCCACUGACCAUCAUGACUACGCAACCACCAUGGUUGCAAAGCUAUGCAAAUCUCAUGAUAUCUCUAUCUUCCUGUUCUCUUUACUAGGACUGCGCUGCACCAGUACGCUCCCCAUAAAUAUCACUGAGGUACCCGCUACGGUGGAAAUCUUCAACUCCCUUAUGCACAGUCUCCUUAGAUACCGCGGGCUCAAUGGUGCACGUAUCGUCCUUCGAGUUAUGCGCGUCAACGGCAUCAGGCCUAAUGAAAGUACAAUUGAAGUCCUCAUGAAUUAUCUCGACAAGGUGGAGCAUGCUCGUCCUCGCGAGCUGGUACGCGUCUUGCGCCAUCUAUCCUACGCCUCGAUCCAACCGACACUGAGACACGUGCAUAUCAUCCUGCGAUCUAUCCUUCGGCGCGAGAAAUUCCUGCUACAGGGAAGUGGGUGGAACGUUACGGCGGCAAAAUUAUCCUCUCGACGUCAGGACAAGUCUCACUAUCCGACUGGUAGAAUAUCGGACUCGUUACUAGAUUUUGACCCGCUAGCAGGCAUCCAAGUACCUCGACACCUGCGGUAUCAUUCAUUAUUGCGUCCCCUCCUACUAUCACUUUCACGUCGUCGUAUCAGAGGUGAUAGAGCUACGUUUGCCUUACGUAUGAAGCAUGAAGCGGUGAGUAAGACAGACCUCGAAACUGCAAAGGAAGUGUUUCGAUUCAUGGUAGCCCGAGGCUUACGGCCAAACGAAUACCAUUACGCUGCACUCAUGGAAGGAUACGCGCAACAGGGUGACUUGGAAAGUGCUGAAGAUGUCAUGCACUCCGCUGCGCAAGCUGGUGUCAGACCUAAUGUCGUCAUGUAUACGAUUCUCAUAGUGGGACUUGCUCGUCAAGGCAAACCCGAGUUGGCUAUGAGGAUGUUUCAAAGCAUGAUUUCUGCCGCUAUCAGACCCGAUGUUCCAUCUAUAGAUGCGGUCACCAGCGCCUACUUUGCUGUCGGGGCAUACAGGCUGGCAAGGCAAUUGCUUGUGGAACUGUGGAGUCACAUUCGACCUUUUCCGAAAGAGCUGCGGCGUGUACCGUUGAAGGAGCUGGCUCGGAUAUUCAGGUCGUACCACGAGACUUCAUCGGAUGAGAGUCUGAAGACAUUGACGAAGCACGCUUGGAGCGGUUAUGGGUUCGAUAUUGGAAGAGGCCUGAUGAAAGGCGGUGGUCGAGGCGACUGCGAGCUUCAGGGGAGUCCAACGUGGGCAGGUCUUCAGAUUCAAACGGACGGCGUUAGUAAGUGA